ACGUUUGACCUGAGCAGCCGCUACAAGAUCAGUGGGAAGGUCGGGAAAGGAGCGUUUGCUUCCGUCAUGUGCGCCAAGGACACGAUCCUUGAUAAAGUCGUGGCCAUCAAGUGCGCAGCAGACGCGAUUCCUGAUCAUCAUGCAUAUCAUCGUCUCGCGCGUGAGGUCGGACUCUUGCGACAGCUCCGAGGGCACUCCAACAUCAUCUCAAUCUCCAACUCCAUCAUCCGACACCGCGAGGUCUUCGACCAAACCUUGCAGAGCAAGCGGAACGUGACAGACGUGUACCUCAUCACUGACCUCAUGAUGGCGGACCUGUCGAAGCUCAUGGACUCUGAUUGCGUCUUCACUAACGAGCAGGUGCGAUGUAUCAUGUUUCAGUUCCUGCGAGCUCUUGCUCACCUUCACCACUGUGAGAUCAUUCAUCGCGACAUCAAACCCUCCAACCUCCUCCUCGAUCGCUUGUGGCACCUCAAGAUCUGUGACCUCGGCAUAGCCCGCGAGGCCAUGAUUAGCGCGAGCAGGGAGAGGAUGGAGGACUUUGACAUCCACUUCACGGACUACGUGGUGACGAGACCCUACCGGGCGCCGGAGCUCCUCAUGGGCAGCAAGAACUACACCAGUGCCGUCGACAUGUGGGCUGCUGGCUGCAUCCUCGCGGAGCUCAUUGCCGGGCAGAUGGAGAUUGAUCAAGCGCCCAUGACGAGGAAUACAAGCGCCGGCAUGAUUCGCCUGCCCUUGUUCCCCGGCUUCGACCACCGUGAUAUGGUGCAGAGAAUAAUUCAUGCGCUAGGACAUCCUUCGGACGAGGUGGGAGCGGGAGGAGGCGGCUUAAGGCUCAUGGCAAGCAAGCCUACCGCUACUGUGACCUUGAGACCAAGAAGGAGUUUCACGGAGGCUAUUUUUCCUUGGGGGGAUGAUGACGCGGUGGACCUCAUGGAGAAGCUGCUCGUUUACGAUCCCGAGCAGCGACUGACGGCCGAGGAAGCGCUCGAGCACCCGUACUUCAAG